AAGUUAAUGGCUGGGGGAAAGAGAAGCUCCUCAACCCUCGCUUCGGGAGAGUUUCAGGAUUCCCUGAAGUAAAAUUCACGCAAAUAUCUUCCAAGAAAGCGCCUGGACGGACGUUUAAAUCAACAACAAGCUCGUUAACACACGUACCGUGAGCACAAGUAUGCAGGAUGCAGUAGCCGGGACGGCAAUGCUUACGGACGGCUUCGAGGACGAGAUUGACUCGGUGACUCCUCGCUCCCCAGUGGCAGGGAUGGGGGUAGGAGCGACACCAGGAGGAGUCGGACUGGGAAGCAUUGGGAUUGGUGUUGGUGGAAAGAAAGUGCGUUUGUACGGUGAACCUGGCGGACCAGCCGCAGAAAGACUGGAUUUCAAACUAGCGGCCGCGGCCGUCCUCUCCUCGGGUCCGGGAUCCGGCAGCGAAGAAGACGAGGUUUCAGAGGUGGAGUCCUUCAUUCUGGACCAGGAGGACUUGGAUAACCCCAUUAUGAAGACAGCCUCAGAGUUGCUAUUGUCCAGCGCCACAGAUGGAGUUGAUCUGAGGACAGUAGAUCCAGAGACACAGGCCCGACUUGAAGCUUUACUGGAAGCUGCAGGCAUCGGUAAACUGUCCACUGCCGAUGGUAAAGCUUUUGCAGACCCUGAAGUGCUACGCCGGCUAACAUCAUCAGUGAGUUGUGCCCUGGACGAGGCAGCAGCCGCCCUGACACGUAUGAGGGCUGAAAACACACUUAACGCCGGCCAAGCUGACAACCGUAGUUUAGCAGAAGCGUGUUCAGAUGGGGAUGUCAACGCUGUGCGCAAAUUACUGGAUGAAGGACGAAGCGUCAAUGAACAUACAGAAGAGGGGGAGAGCCUGUUGUGCCUCGCUUGCUCGGCCGGCUACUAUGAACUUGCACAGGUUUUAUUGGCUAUGCAUGCCAAUGUAGAAGACCGGGGUAUCAAGGGGGACAUAACGCCCCUCAUGGCUGCUGCCAGUGGAGGCUAUGUGGACAUUGUCAAACUGCUUCUUGUCCAUGGGGCAGAUGUCAAUGCACAAUCCUCCACAGGUAACACAGCUUUGACGUACGCAUGUGCCGGUGGCUUUGUGGACGUGGUAAAGGUGCUGCUAAAAGAGGGUGCAAACAUUGAGGACCACAAUGAGAACGGACACACACCUCUUAUGGAGGCGGCCAGUGCUGGCCAUGUAGAGGUGGCCAGGGUACUCUUGGAGUACGGCGCUGGCAUCAACACACACUCCAAUGAGUUCAAGGAGAGCGCUCUCACACUUGCCUGCUAUAAAGGUCACCUGGAUAUGGUUCGCUUUCUGUUGGAAGCUGGAGCAGACCAGGAGCAUAAAACUGAUGAGAUGCACACAGCACUGAUGGAGGCCUGCAUGGACGGCCAUGUGGAGGUGGCACGGCUGCUGUUGGACAGCGGUGCUCAGGUCAACAUGCCAGCUGACUCCUUUGAGUCACCCCUCACCCUUGCAGCCUGUGGAGGACACGUGGACCUGGCCUCCCUGCUCAUAGAGAGAGGUGCCAAUUUGGAGGAGGUUAAUGAUGAAGGUUAUACUCCUCUGAUGGAAGCAGCAAGAGAAGGACAUGAGGAGAUGGUAGCACUGCUGCUAGCUCAAGGUGGUAACAUCAAUGCCCAGACAGAGGAGACCCAGGAGACUGCUCUGACUCUGGCAUGUUGCGGAGGCUUCUUGGAAGUGGCUGACUUCCUCAUUAAGACGGGUGCUGACAUCGAGUUGGGCUGCUCUACUCCUUUAAUGGAGGCUGCACAAGAGGGCCAUCUGGACUUGGUCAAAUACCUGCUGGCUGCAGGAGCAAACGUUCAUGCCACAACAGCAACGGGCGACACAGCGUUGACGUACGCGUGUGAGAACGGACACACAGAUGUGGCAGAUGUGCUGCUUCAGGCUGGAGCCAACUUGGAGCACGAGUCUGAAGGGGGACGGACACCCCUGAUGAAGGCAGCACGGGCAGGACAUCUCUGUACAGUCCAGUUUCUUAUCAGCAAAGGUGCUAAUGUGAACAGAGCUACUGCCAAUAAUGAUCAUACCGUGGUGUCUCUGGCCUGUGCUGGAGGACAUCUGGCUGUGGUGGAGUUGCUCUUGGCACAUGGAGCAGAUCCUACACACAGACUCAAAGAUGGUUCAACCAUGUUGAUAGAAGCUGCUAAGGGUGGCCACACUAACGUAGUGUCCUACCUGUUGGACUACCCCAACAACAUCCUGUCUGUCCAAGCCCCAGAUCUUUCCCAACUCACACCCCCAUCGCAAGAUGCAUCUCAGGUCCCUCGUGUUCCAUUCCAAGCUCUCGCUAUGGUUGUUCCCCCUCAGGAGCCCGACAGAGCCCCAUCAAACAUCGCAACGCCCCCACCCGUCUCUAGCAAAGGCGUGCCCAAACAGAGACAGGCUGCCCUUCAACCCGGUGUCCCCAGCACAGUCUGUCGGGGGCCCGAAGCAGAACCUCUGCCACCCUUCCACUUGUGCCCGCCUUUAGAGUGCAUCGUGGAGGAAACGGAGGGGAAGCUGAACGAACUGGGCCAGAGAAUAAGCGCUAUUGAGAAAGCUCAGCUAGAGUCGCUAGAGCUGAUUCAGGGGGAGCCACUCACCAAAGACAAGAUUGAGGAACUGAAGAAGAGCCGAGAGGAGCAGGUGCAAAAGAAGAAGAAAAUCUUGAAGGAGCUGCAGAAGGUGGAGCGCCAGCUUCAGCUAAAAACACAGCAACAGUUCACCAAAGAGUACAUGGAGGCAAAGGGCUUAAAAGAAGAUCAGGAGGCAGGACAGAGCCAGGGUCCAGGUCCGGGGCCUGGGAGUAUGACUACUGCCCCAGGACCCCUGCCCACCCCACUGGGUAGUCAAGUACACACUGGCUCUGACACCGAUGAAGAGGCCACUAAGGACAGGGAACAAGAAGAGCAGCCCGUGGAUGAAGGGGAAGAGGAUGAGGAUGACGAAGAAGAGGAGGAGGAAGAAGAUGAAGACGAAGAGGAAGAAGAAGAAGAAGAGGAGGAGGAGGAGGAGGAAGAGGAAGAAGAGGAGGAGGAUGGUUCAGAGGACAAUGCAGAUGAAGAAGAGGUUCAUUGCCCCACGCUUCCUCGGGUGGGCACAAUCCUCUACAGGGAUGGGCCACAGCAGCCUCCUCUUCCUCCUUCUCCACAGCCUCAGCCUCCUCCCCAGUCUCUCCAGGCCACCUUUGUCCCUAUCCAGCCUCUGCCAGACUACAACUCUGCAGACUACCUGGGAAGCACCAACCCAGAGCUGCAGAGGGUGUUUGUGGAACAGCAGAUGUUGGGGCAGCAGCAGCAAGGUCAGGGUCAACAGAUAGCUGGGUUUGGCCCCGGAAUGAUACCUCAGUCGGCUCCAGAUGGGCUCAUGGUAGCGACACCUGCACAGACGCUCACAGACACACUGGAUAAUAUCAUGGCAGAUGUGAGCAGUCGCAUGCCCAUGCUGAACACUACAACUUCACCCACACCCCCGUCCCAGCCGCCCACACAGAUGUCUGCGAGCAUUGCCUCCCCCCCUUCAGUCUUGCCCCUCUACCCCUCCGUUGACAUAGACGCACACACGGAGAGCAACCAUGACACGGCACUGACGCUUGCUUGUGCAGGAGGGCACGAGGAGCUUGUGUCGGUCCUGAUUGCACGGGGAGCCAACAUUGAACACCGGGAUAAAAAAGGUUUUACCCCGUUGAUUCUGGCUGCCACUGCUGGUCAUGUAGGAGUAGUUGAGGUGCUCCUUGACAAAGGGGGGGACAUUGAGGCUCAGUCAGAGAGAACCAAAGACACGCCCCUUUCCCUAGCCUGCUCUGGGGGGCGACAGGAGGUUGUGGAGUUGCUGCUGCUGCGGGGAGCCAACAAGGAACACCGCAACGUUUCAGACUACACACCUCUCAGUUUGGCUGCUUCUGGAGGUUAUGUCAACAUCAUCAAGAUACUUCUCAAUGCUGGAGCUGAGAUCAACUCCAGGACUGGCAGUAAGCUGGGGAUUUCUCCUCUCAUGCUGGCGGCUAUGAAUGGUCAUGUGCCAGCAGUGAAGCUGUUGUUGGAUAUGGGCUCCGACAUCAACGCUCAGAUCGAGACCAACAGAAACACAGCUCUGACCCUCGCCUGCUUUCAAGGCCGAGCUGAGGUCGUCAGCUUGCUGCUCGAUCGCAAGGCCAAUGUAGAGCAUCGGGCUAAGACUGGUCUUACUCCUUUAAUGGAGGCGGCCUCCGGAGGUUACGCAGAAGUAGGCAGAGUCCUGCUGGACAAAGGUGCCGAUGUCAACGCUCCUCCCGUCCCUUCAUCACGAGACACUGCCCUCACCAUUGCUGCUGACAAGGGCCACUACAAGUUCUGUGAGCUGCUUAUUAACAGGGGUGCUCAUAUUGAUGUGCGUAACAAGAAGGGAAACACUCCCCUUUGGCUGGCAGCAAACGGCGGUCACUUUGAUGUGGUUCAGCUCCUCGUGCAUGCCAGCGCUGAUGUAGAUGCUGCAGACAACCGCAAAAUCACCCCACUCAUGGCUGCUUUUCGGAAGGGUCAUGUAAAAGUGGUCCAGUAUCUUGUGAAGGAGGUCAACCAGUUUCCUUCAGAUAUUGAGUGCAUGAGAUAUAUUGCCACCAUCGCUGACAAGGAGCUCUUGAAGAAGUGUCACCAGUGCAUGGAGACCAUCGUCAAGGCAAAAGACCAGCAGGCAGCUGAGGCCAACAAGAACGCUAGCAUCCUUCUCAAGGAGUUGGACUUGGAGAAGAUCCAAGAAGCUCUCUGUACCGGCCUCUGUUGUGUCUCGGAUUAUGGGUCGAGGUGGCUGCAACAUCACAGCCAUCCAAGACGUGACAGGAGCACACAUUGACGUGGACAAACAGAAGGACAAGAACGGGGAGAGAAUGAUCACCAUCAGAGGAGGCACAGAGUCUACAAGGUAUGCAGUCCAGUUGAUCAACGCUCUAAUCCAGGAUCCAGCCAAAGAGCUUGAAGAUUUGAUUCCCCGCAAUCACAUCAGAGCUCCGGGUUCUAAAACGUCAGCUUCCUUCUCCAGUACAGCAGCGUCGGCUAGUGGUUCAGCCACCGGCUCAAAGGCUCUUAGCUCAUUGGUCACCUCCAGCGGCGUUUCGUUCCAACCCUCUUCAUCUGCAUCUUCAUCCUCCUCUCAAGCUGGGGCCAAGAUUGGGAAAGGGUUGUCGUCCAACGUCAGGCAACCUUUCCCAGUGUCGCUGCCCCUGGCGUACGCUCAUCCUCAGCUGGCUUUAUUGGCUGCUCAGACCAUGCAUCAGAUCAGACACCCUCGUCUACCCAUGGCACAGUUUGGCGGCACCUUCCCACCGGCUGCGAGCACCUGGGGACCCUUCCCUGUGCGUCCAGUGAGUCCUGGCAGUGCCAACAGCUCCCCCAAACACAAUGGAGGAACCACUAACACGGGGGCCCAGUCAAGGCCCAACUCAACCCAUGAGCACAGCGGCACAGCCAGCUCAGGAACUCUAGUCACAACUACCAACACCAUGACAACGAGUGCGCCUAACACAUCUGCAGCUGCAGCCUCUCCUCAAACCCCUAAUCCCACUCCAUAUAAUCCUCAACCAAGCAGCACCCCAUCUUCAGUCAGGAAACAGCUCUUUCCUCUUGAUGCCAAGCCAACAGGCGUCUGCGCCGUGUCUAAUGCUUCUGCCACCAGUGGCAGUAAUGCUGUAAGAGGCACAGGUUCGUCUGCACAUCCUAGUUCCACAACAACUACAACCAGUGCUCCCCAGCAGCCGGUUGGACCUGCUGCUCAGCCUCCCAUUCAGCCAACUAAAACAGAGCCCAGUACCGCCCCUCCUGUGAAAGACAAGCUGUCUGUACCUGCAGAGAACCAGCCCACAUCCGUCAGUGAGAACAUCAGCUCUUUGGCUUCAGCUACCAAGCCAGAGUCUCGACAGCAGUUACUUCCGCCUCCCUCUUCGGCACCAUCGACAGAAUCUCAUUCACCCCUUCAGGACCCACAGCCCAGCUCCCACCUUCCCUCAGUACUUUCACCUGCUCUUUCACACAAUGUUUCACACCCCAGCAACACGGUCCCCCACUUCUCAGCCCCUGCACCCAGAGUCUCCCAUCGUAUGCAGCCACCAGGGCCUUACUUUUCCCUCGCAGAUCAGCAGCAACAGCAGUCUGUGUUUGUACCCUUCAGCGCUCAGCAGGAACCCUUAAAGCAGACCCAAAACCAGAUGUCCCAGCCAGCAAAUCUGCCCCCAACAACCCAAGCUCAGGCCCCAGCGCCAGGCUCCCAUCAGGCCUCAGCUAAUCUGGGGAUCAUGAAUGGCUCCCAGAUGCAACAUGUUGCCACAGCAGGCAAGCCUCAACAAAUCCCCCCCAACUUUGGUCACGCGGGUCUCUUCAAUUUCAGCAGCAUCUUUGACAACAACAGCCAGGUGGGAAACAACCAGGUGUGGGGCGCAUGCCAUCUGCCUGCACGAUCUCCUCCAGAUCAAUCAUACUCGGCCCCGCCAGCCUAUAUGAACAUGGGACAGAUGGAGAAUAUGAUGCCCCCACCUCCUCCAGACAGCUCCAAAGCCCCCGGCUACCGUUCUACCUCUCAGAGGAUUGUCAACAGCCCCAUUGCUUUGACCAGCUUUGCUCCCAGUAUCCCUGGCAAUCCUGUUUAUCUACACAGUCACGCAGGGGUUGGCGCACCAUCGUUCAGCAGACAGCACUUUUCCCCUCACCCAUGGAGCGCAUCCACGUCAGGUGAAACCCCUGUCCCUCCACCCCCUACAGUAUCCUCCUCUGCCUUAUCCACUUCAGCUGUGGUCCCUCCACCCCAAGCAAAACCAGGCAGUUCCUCGCAGCAGGACCGGAAGGUUCCCCGUCCUAUUGGCACAGAGAGGUUGGCCAGAAUCAGACAGACGGGUUCAGUCAACCCUCCUCUACUCACAACCAGCUACACGGCGCCUGUUGGACAGGGUGGCAUUUGGUCAUUUGGGGUUGGGAGUGCCUCGGGUGAAGAGGCCAUGUCUGGUUGGUCGCAGCCCCUGAUGAGCAGCCACAUGAUGCACCCACAGCUGCAGGUGGAGCAGUCGGCCUUCUCUCAGCACCAGCCUAUGGAGCAGGAUGACACCGGCAUUGCAAACCCUGCUAACAGCUACCACCAGGCUCAGCAUUUGCCCAACAAUUACAUGGACUUCCAGAAGGGGAUGCCUAUGUCAAUGUAUGGAGGAACCAUGCUGACCCCUCACCCUCCCAUGGCGGAAGGCCCAGGGGGUCCGAUGUACAAUGGUUUGCACGCAGGUGACCCCGCAUGGAGCUCAAUCAUCAAAGUGGUCCCAAACAAUGCAGAUAGCUCUGACCCACAACAGCAGGUUUGGCCUGGUACCUGGGCACCUCAUGUGGGUAAUGUGCAUCUGAACCACGUCAACUAGAUGGCGUCCACAGCAACUACAUACAGACACAGCAUGAUCCACAGUUCAAACAUGUAAUACCAACUAAAGAAUAUGACCUAAUGAGACAAAUAAGACAAAGAACAAGAUAACUUUAGAGACCUGAAGGUGGAGAGCAGAGGUUAAAGAAUUGGAAGUUCCCUUGACGCCAUUUUUUUGAUGUGCCUAUUUCAAGUAAAGGAGGGGAGCUAGAGCUGAUUUCUGUGUCCUGAUGAUGCAAACAAACAUGCGCGUUCACUUGUUCAACAAGAUCUGUUCUCUGCGUAGUUUAGCGAUUUUUGACUUAAACCCACAUACACCGUUCUUGGGCCGCAGGGAGCUCAACAUGAAGUAGCUAUUUAAACUUGGCCCAGAACUAGAGAAAGAUGAUGAUGAUUAUCUAAAGAGAAAUCAGAACCUUUUAGAGUGGUAAAUACAUGUAUAAUUGUUUACAUACUAAAAAGGGUUAAUGAGAGUAAAUUUCAUGUCGUAUAGUGGCUCUACUUUAUGUAGCCUGUAUUAAUGUGAAAUAUUUACCUUAAUAUUCAAUAA